AUGAACUCUAACACAGCAACUACUGAUUCAUAAGAGACUGAUUUUUUCGAUUAUUAGUUUAAUGAUCCUUCCAUAACGAUUCUUCUAAACUAUAAUCCUAUUCAUGUUUCAUACGCAAUACUGUUUAGUUUUUUCGAGGAAUAAAAAGGUGACUUGCAAAUAAGCUAAGUUUUGAAUUAUUUGCAAUAAGAGUAAAAGAAAAUUAUUGGAAAAAUAUAUCAAUUACAUCUAAAGGCUGUUGAAUCUUGCGUUUAAAAUACUAUUGGAUCACAAUAAUCUUUAUUAGCAGAAUAGAGUUAGUAAAGCUAUGAUAAUGUUAACACUGGUGAAUCAGCAAUGAGCCACAUGUCUAAAAGUUAAGAAUUACUUAGGAAUCUUAUUAAAAAAGAAAAGACAUUAAUUAAAUAAUAUGUAACUAAGACUAUUGAAAAGAUAAAAGGAUCAAAUAGUGCUAAGCUAGCAACAAAUGAUGUCAGCUCUCCAAAUAACGAUUUAUAAAAUCAGAAAUCAACUAAGUCCAAAUAUUUGAAUAGCCAAAUAUAGAACAAGGAAAAGAUCUCGCAAACCUAAUCUUACUUCAACUAAAAUAACUAGUAUGGGCAGUAAAGAGUAACACCUGAUGGGAUGAUAAUAAUUAACGAGGCAAAUCAAUUAGCUUUAAAUCAUCUCAAGAGGCCUAAUAUUAAUGAUCGAAGUAUGGGACUUAAAAACGAGAAAAGAAAAAAUGAUCAGGGAAGAAUAUUGGUCAGUGGAUCCUCUACUAUCACUAGUGGAUUCUUUCAACGAAAGACUGAGUCAUUAUGGAAUAAGGAUCCUUUGGUGAAUUAGCACUAAUUUAUUCAAAAUAAUAAAAAAGUUGGAAAAGUAGACAGUAAUUUAGGCUUUCAAAAUUUACAAAACUUUAACUGGGUUAGAAAUAAUGACUUAGUUCAGGGCAAUAAUAAUAUCUAGAAAAAUAGGCCUAGUACUAGAGAUUCAUUUAAAGAUCAAAAUGGAAUAUUUGGAAGAGUAAACCUAAAUGGCUAAAGACCAAGAAUUGAAAUGAGUAAUUCCCCUGGGAAUGAGGGAAGUACAACGAAUAUUCAAAGUAAUGGAAGACCCUAAACCAGAAGUGGUGGCGGUAGACCAACAACCUCGGGAUUAAUAGGUCAUGUUGUUAUUUAGGAAAAUUUUAGAGCUGAUGGUAGUUAAGAUCUGUAAUUGUAGUAAUAGCUUCUAGAAUAAAAUUUUAAUAAUGGUCAAUUCGGUCCUCAAAUCAUUAAAAGACCAAGCACAAGAGGAAAUUAAGUACUCUCUUAAAGCCUCUAUGAUAGUUUUAAAAGAGAAAAUUCACCUGUUAUUCCUCAUAUAUAGUAAAAUAAUACCUAAGAAUAAGUAGCUCAUGGAAUCAAACUUGAAACUCCUUAAAUGCAAGAUGAUUAUAAACCAAGUCCCUAAAAGGUUUCAAAAUAUGAUAGGAAUGAAUUCAAAAGGCCAGUUGUUAUUUAAGGGGCGCUAAAAAGAGGAGCAAAACAUACAAUGGAAAGUAUCGAGGAAGAAGAUGAAAACUAAUUAUAAAAUGAAAAGUAAAAAGCAAUUAGAAACUAAAAUAAUGAAGAUUCGAUGACUGCAUUUAAUACGUAGUCUUAUAUAAGCGUGACGCCAACACCCCCAAAAAGUGAAGCUAGAAAGGGAUCAUAAAAUAAUAUAUAGCCAUAGCUUGGUCCAAAUUUACCUUAUAACGGUCUAAAAUAAUCGAAUAAUAAAGCAACUUUAUAAAGAAAGAACAAUGCAUUAAAUAGUAGUGUCCAAGGUUCAGCGUCAGUUGUUUUUGCUAAUAACAAUCAAUAGGAUCCAAAUAGAAAGACUUUUUAUGAGCAGUAAAAUAAUAGUAUGAUUGAGAACAACAAUACUAAGACAAAUUUCUAUAAGCAUGGAUAAAAUCUAAAUGAGUAUGACUUUAAUUCCUAGCAUAGUACUUCACAAGCCUCAGGUAAUGUUCCAGGAGUGCUGAGUAAUAAGAGAAGCCCACGAAUGAUAGAAAACCAAAGUAUGCCAGACUAAAACAUUAAAAAUAGUAGUUUUUAUGGAAGAUAGAGGUAGAAUUAAUUCUAAAAGCAGCAUGAAACAUAGUAAACUACAUAGACUGCUUAAAAUUUUCCAAAUCCCUCGAACCAAUAAAAAUUUGGUUUGAAGACUGUGUCUGGUGGAUUUUUCAAUAAUGCUUAGCCUAAUUAUUAGGAUGAUUCUGCCUACAUAGACAAUCAUGACCUAUAGUUCCCAAUGAACACAUCAGUGAUUAUCAAUCCUAAUUAGUAAAAUUCCCAGCAAAUCGUUGAUAAGUAAUCAUAGAAUAGUAAUCGAAGUGACUAAGCAAAUCAGUUAUAGCAACAGUAAAAGAUCUAUCAGAUCAUUAAAAACCAAUAAGAAAACAUUUCAAGCUCUAUCACAAGAAACAAUCAAACUAACUAGCAAAAUAGCAUAGGAAUAAAUAAUUACAAUAGCACUAAUCCUACAAAUACUUCUACUGUAAAUUCUAAUCAUAGAUCAAUCAGUCCAAUUAUGGUAAGAAUAAUUAUAUUUAAAUCCUUUUAUUUAGUUCAAUGA